GCAACAGAGUGUUAUUUAUUCGGUGCACCAGUGCAGGCAAGUGUGCACACUGCUGCAUAUAAUUUCGCCAUUGCAAGCUGCAGAGACAUAUCUAAUAUACUCGCCGCCGUGGGAGGUAUAACAUUCGGGAACUAAAUUGUAAUUCAUACACACAGAAUUGGUGCAUCAGUGGGCUUCCUGUUACAAUGGCACUGAGGGGAAAAGUUGCUAUCAUUACAGGUUCCAGUUCAGGAAUUGGGGCAGGAAUUGCAGUAGUGUUUGCAAAAGAAGGAGCCAAACUGUCUUUGACUGGCAGGAACCAGAAGAAUUUGGAGGAAGUGGCUAAGAACUGCAAGACGAAAUGUUCUGACGAUGUUCUCAUAAACGUGGGUGACGUCACGGAUGCUGCUUUCAGAAAGACUCUCGUGGAGACAACCAAGAAGAAGUUCGGGAAAAUCGACAUACUGGUUAACAAUGCUGGGAUCGCAAUGCUGAGUCCGCUGAGAGCAGCGACCAAAGAGCAGUACGACAAAACAAUGGCUGUGAACGUGGAGGCACCUGUGUUUUUGACACAGUUGGUUUUACCGUAUUUGAUUGAAACUAAAGGGUGUGUGGUUAAUAUUUCGACUUGCGGAACGAGUACAAUUGUACCGAAUGGAGGUAUCUACAUCAUGACGAAGGCGGCCGUGGACACAUUCACAAGAUUCCUUGCCCAAGAAGUGGCUUCCCAGGGGGUACGCGUGAAUGCAGUCAAACCAGGCUACGUACCUUCUCCAAUACUGUCUGGGCAGUUAAAUAAAGAAGAAAGUGCCAUGAUGGACAAAACCAUGAUUAAAGCGACGCCAAUUGGUCGAGCGGCUACAGCAGAGGAAAUUGGACACAUUGUUGCCUUCUUGGCCUCGGAAAAAGCAGCCUUUAUAACAGGGGAAUGUAUCUUGGCCGAUGGUGGGAUGACAAUGACCACACCACCCAUCUCAGCAUAAGAAUCCGGAUUCAAUGACGUCUUUUUGCCUCCACUGUCUGCAGAUUGUGUACUACCAAAUACGCAAGGCCACUGGUCAAAUUGAGUGAGUGUGAGUGAGUGAGUUAAAAUUUAACGUGACAUCGGCAGUGUUUCAGCCAUAUCGUGACGAGAAGUUAUACAUUGAUAAUACUAUAUAAAAAGCUGUCAACGAUGGAAAGUACAAUAACUAGAAUGUCACAGAUUUGAUUUAAAACUUGUUGAGAAUAUUAAAAAGCAAUAGGUAUUAGAGAACAACACAAUAUAAAAAUGGGCUAGAGAUCGUCAGUCGCUGAAGGGUGAUCACCAGACUUGGGACCAUGGGGACUUUCAGUACCUUUGCUUCCUGCAUGAUCAUGAACCCCAGCAGGAUUAAUAUCACCCGACGGUCACUAGGGGUAAUUGACCAGUUCAGCCUAAGAUUAAAAUGACAAAAAUACUACGUUUAAAAGUCUGGCAUGCAUAGAAAUUACUUUGAAUGACGUGGAACUUACAUAACCUCUUAGGGGGACAAUAAUAUGACGCUACUUCAACCACCCUCGAGGGUACAGCCACUAACAAUCUCAGUUUGUAUUCGCACUACCAAUAUAUAAAAAAACAUUAUGGACAUCAAAAUUUAUGUAUUGAUUCAAUUUCCUUUAAAAUGCACAAUACAAAAUGAGAAUUUACUUGACUAAAAAGGUCCUUGACUGUUUUUACACAAUAGAAUUUAUCCCUUGCGAUGGAAAAAUCAAUGCAGUCAAGCAGGAUAUGCUUGACCGUGAUUCUUUCAUCACAAGGGACUCAAAACGGAGGCUCAUCACCUUUCAAUAAGUAUUCAUUUGUAUAUCGACUGUGGCCAUUACGACAUCGUCGCAUAAUGACCUCUUCAAAUCUGGACUGACAGCCCAAAUAGGUAUAACCAAUAUUUGGUUUAAUUUCAUGUAAUUUAUUGAUACCUACAUGGGUGUCCCACUUCUUUUGCAUCAGAUCUCGGAUAUAACAGCUGAAGAGUGGUUUGAUAUCGGUCUAUGGGAUACGAAGUGGCGUCACAGACUUGUUGAGUGCUGCUUUUGCAGCAGCAUCGGCCAUUGUGUUCCCAGUGAUUCCAACAUGGCUGGGCAACCAACAGAAAACAAUGUCGCAUUGGCCAGAAGCAAGAUCAUUAAACAAUUCAAUAAUUUUUAAUUAUAAGUGGAUGCGUGGUUGACAUGUUUUUAAUAGCCUGGAUGCAAGAAAGAAAAUCAGAAAAAAUUAUGAAGUGUUUAUGUUUAGAAUGGCUGUUGAUGUAUUUAAGUGCUGUGAAAAUAGCAUUUGCUUCUGCUGUAAAAAUAGAACAGUUAUUUGGUAAGCGGGAUGAGAUAGUCCUGGAUCCAAGGACAGUGGCGCUAGCAACAGCGUCACCAUCUUUGGAUCCAUCUGUAAAUAUAGAUUUGUAAGCAUCAUAUGUGCUGCGUUAUUCAUGAUAUUGUUGUUGAUAAAUUAGUUGAUUUGUGUCAGAUUUCUUUAGUUUGGUUAAUGUUAGGUUCACCUCCGGCUUCACAAACUGCCAUGGUGGAGAAGAAAAAAGCUGAGUGGGGGCAAUGUUUUCAAGCUUUAUUUGCGCAGCAGAAAUAUGAGAUUUUAUUCUUAUUCAAAGAGGUGUAAGAAGAGAUGACUUUGUGUGGUAGAGAUUUUCGUGUAGAGGAUUAAAAAUACAAUCAUAAGUUGGGUUGGAUUUCAAAGAACGUAAUUUAGAUAUAUAUUGCAAAGACAAUUGAAUGCGACGUUGUUUAAGGGACGGCUCAUCAGCCGCCACAUACAGACGUUGUAUCGGCAAGGUUCGGAAGGUUCCAAGGCAAAGCCUCAGGCCUUGAUGGUGAAUAGGAUCUAGAAUUUUUAAAUUGCUUUUACAAGCUCCACCAUAAAUGAUGGAGCCAUAAUCUAGUUUGGAGCAGAUAAGUGCUCUGUAUAGUUGCAGGAGGGUUUUCUGAUCUCCUCCCCACUUAGAGUUUGAGACAACUUUAAGUAAGUCCAGGGCCUUCAGACAUACUGUCUGUCUGUCUGUCUGUCUGUCUGUCAUAUUCAUCAAAUAUAAACAUAUAAACUUUCGAUAAACUAUUAAUUUUAAUGCUAAAUAAUGUGACAGACAAGAUACUGCCUUCUGGGACACCCUGGUCCUGAUUAUUAUGAUCAGACAGGGACUUGAAAUUGUCCGUCUGUUAAAAAUUUGGAUAUAAACUGAGGCAAAGGGCCUCGCAAUCCAAAGUUUAUGUAAAUCCUUUAAAUUACCAUGUUUCCAUGUAGUGUCAUAUGCUUUUUCUAGAUCGAAAAAGAUUGAGACUGCAUGUUGUUUGUUUAUUAUUGCAUUUUUUACAAAGGAUUCUAAUCGUACUAAAUGAUCGAUAGUACUUCUGUUCUUACGGAAACCACACUGUAUAUUUGUAAUGACAUUAUUGGUUUCUUAGUACCAAACAAGUCGAUUAUUACAAUGCGUUCCAUGUUUUUGUAAACGCAGCUUGUCAUUGAGAUCGGUCGAUAAUUUGAUGGAUCUGUCUGAUCACGUCCUGGUUUAGGUAUUCGAACAACAAUGGCAUCACGCACAAACGGUGAAAAUCGUCCUGACGUCCAAAUGUCAUCAAAAAUAUUUAACAGUGAUUGUAAACAUGGUUCUGGUAAGUGGUUCAGGAGUUAAUAAUGUAUGUUAUCAGCUCCAGUAGCAGUAUCGUUAGCUUGUCCGAGGGCAGGUUGUAGUUCAUGUAAUAUUUCAUUGUAAUCUUCCCCAUUAUCUGAAUUAAAAUGAAUAGGUUUCUUUUCCUGCUGUUUUUGAUAUUUUUUUAAUUUGGGUACAUAAUUGGAUGAGGAAGAAUA